AUGACCAGGGUCAAGUUCUGCGACUUCAGCCGGACAGAAAACGGCUGCGAAAAUAAAAACUCUACAAAAAAGCAGAAAACCAAUUGCGGCCGCCAUAAUAAUAAUCAUAACAAUAAUCAUAAUAAUAACAAUAAUCAUAAUAAUCAUAAUCAUAAUCAUAAUAAUAAUAUUAAUUUCCUACUUGGGGAAUAUGAUUUUGAAGAGAGAUCUGAAAAUCUCAUUUUGGGUUCGCCUCUGUAUGUUCUCGACAAGGACCUGAAAACACCGAAGUGCCUGUAUGGUCUUUUUGGAGUCUAUAGGGAACACGAAUCGGGUUGCGGGCAGAACAAAAUCGCCGGCGGUUUGUAUGAGAUCAAAAAAUGGGUUGAAAAUAAAAUUCUGGUACCACAUGAUUCGACGGACUUGUGCUUGAUAACCCCUGCUACUGCUUCAACGACGCCAUUGCAAACGACUGCAAAUGAAACAAUUUCAGAUCACACAAGGAGUCAGGCUAGCUCGUUGGAGACAAACCACAGCUCAUAUUCACAUAUCACGCAUACGCCAAAAACGACAAUAAUGAAUGACAUUUUCUCCGAUUCUACAAAAGAUCAGGCUAGCUCAACCACAGAAAAAGACAGCUCUGUUUCAGAUGUCACAUUUACAACAGAAACGACAACAAGUGAAACUUCUACAAAUACACCAGCCAGUCAGACUAGCUUAACGACAGAAAAUGACAGCUCAGAUUCAGAUGUCACAUAUACGACAGAGAAGGCAACACCAAAUGAAUUUCUUUCAAAUACAACAACCAGUCAGACUAGCUUAACGACAGAAAAUGACAGCUCAGCUUCGGAUGUCGCAAAUACUUCAGAGACGGUAAUAACGAAAGAAAAUGCUUCAUUGACAACAACAGAGACGUCAGAGACGACAACAACGAAAGAAAAUGUUUCAUUUACAACGACAAAUCAGACAAGCUCAACGCCAGAAAAUGACUAUUCAAGUUCAGAUGGGACGUAUACAUCAGAGACGACAACAUCAAAUGAAGUUCCUUCAAAUACAACAAUUAGUCAGACUAGCUUGACGACAGAAAAUGACAGCUCAGCUUCGGAUGUCGCGAAUACUUCAGAGACGACAACAUCAAAUGAAGUUCCUUCAAAUACAACAACCAGUCAGACUAGCUUAACGACAGAAAAUGACAGCUCAGCUUCGGAUGUCGCGAAUACUUCAGAGACGUUAAUAACGAAAGAAAAUGCUUCAUUGACAACAACAGAGACGUCAGAGACGACAACAACGAAAGAAAAUGUUUCAUUUACAACGACAAAUCAGACAAGCUCAACGCCAGAUAGAGACUAUUCUAAUUCAGAUGUGACGUAUACAUCAAAGACGACAACAUCAAAUGAAUUUCCUUCAAAUACAACAAUUAGUCAGACUAGCUUGACGACAGAAAAUGACAGCUCACUUUCGGAUGUCGCGAAUACUUCAGAGACGGUAAUAACGAAAGAAAAUGCUUCAUUGACAACAACAGAGACAUCAGAGACGACAACAACGAAAGAAAAUGUUUCAUUUACAACGACAAAUCAGACAAGCUCAACGCCAGAAAAUGACUAUUCAAGUUCAGAUGAGACGUAUACAUCAGAGACGACAACAUCAAAUGAAGUUCCUUCAAAUACAACAAUUAGUCAGACUAGCUUGACGACAGAAAAUGACAGCUCAGCUUCGGAUGUCGCGAAUACUUCAGAGACGACAACGACGAGAAAAAUUUCUUCCAAAACAACAGCUAUUCAGACUAGCUUAACAACGACAGAAAAUGACAGCUCAGGAGUCACAAAUACGUCAGAGACGAUAACAACGAAAGAAAAUACUUCAUUUACAACAACAAGUCAGACAAGCUCAGCGCCAGAAAAUGACUAUUCCAAUUCCGAUGUGACGUAUACCUCAGAGACGACAAUAUCAAUUGAAGUUCCUUCAAAUACAACAAUUAGUCAGACUAGCUUGACAACAGAAAAUGACAGCUCAGCUUCGGAUGUCGCGAAUACUUCAGAAACGACAGAAAUUUCUUCAAAUACAUUAAGUAUUCAGACUAGCUUAACGACAGAAAAUGACAGCUCGGGAGUCACAAAUACGCCAGAGACGACAACAACGAAAGAAAAUACUUCAUUUACGACGACAAUUCAGACAAGUUCAACGCCAGAAAAUGACUAUUCAAAUUCAGAUGGGACGUAUACAUCAGAGACGUCAACAUCAAAUGAAGUUCCUUUAAAUAGAUCAAGUAGUCAAACUAGCUUGACGACAGAAAGUGACAGCUCAGCUUCGGGUGUCACGAUUACUUCAGAGAUGAUGACAACAAAAGAAACUGCUUCAAACACAACAAGAAGUCAAGCUAGCUCAACGACAGAAAAUGACAACUCAAACUCAAAUGUGACGUAUACGUCAGAGACGACAGCAUCAAUUGAAACUCUUUCAAAUACAACAACUAGUCAGACUAGCUUAACGACAGAAAAUGACAGCUCAGCUUCGGUUGUCACAAAUACGUCACAAACAACAAAACCGAAAGAAACUGCUUCAAGCACAACAACAACUCAAGCUAGCUCAACGACAGAAAAUGAUCAUUCAAACUCAGUUUGGACUUAUACGUCAGAGACGACAAAAUCAAAUGAAAUUCCUUCAAAUACAACAAUAACUAGUCAGUCUAUCUUAACGACAGAGCUUGACAGCUCACAUUCAGCUGUCACGUAUACGUCAAAGAGGACAACAACGAAAGAAACUCCUGAAAAUAAUACAACAACAAGGCAAGCUAGGUCAACGUCAGAAACUGAGAGCUCAGAUUCAAAUGUCUUUUUUACCCCAAACGCAACAACAACUCAUGAAACUGUCUCCUCUAACACAAACAGUCAAGCUAAUACUUUGACAGAUCAUGACACCUUAGAUUUAAACGUCACUCAUACAUCAAAAAGUCCAAAAACGGAUGAAAAUGCUUUCAAUAUCACAACAAAAUCGAUUCCAGAUAUUCAAACCACUGAGUCGAACAAAGUAUUCACAACAGAGUUGACAGCAACUGGUGGGAAUAUUACCGAGUUUACGACUAAGGCGGCAAUGACAAAUUAUAAAACAAACUCAACUGAGACUAAAUCACAGUUAGAGUCGACUUCCUCCGCCGCGGGAAAACUGGAAACGACGGCAGACGAGUUUGUUUUGUCCACGAUUACAUCAAACACGACUGAAGAUGUGCCGGAGUGGUCACCUACUAUGCCUGCCGACGAAUCUUCAGGAACAACGUCCCCCGGGUAG